AUGGAGACACUAGAAACUGAGAAACUCCUCUCAGAGGAAAAACCUCUUUUAGAACCAUUUUCAAAUCAUUCUGAGAACAAGACAAAAGCAAGAAGCAACGCUGUUAUCUCAGUUCUGCUUCAGCCCUUUCAAUGGCUAAAGAUGUUGUGUGAUAGGCUAAACCCGAGCUUUGUUCUAGGCGUGGUCCUUGUGUACGGUUUAAACCAAGGCUUCUCUGGUUCGCUCUUCAAAGUCGUCACAGACUAUUACUGGAAAGAUGUCCAGCAAGUGCAGCCAUCUGUUGUGCAGCUUUACAUGGGAUUAUAUUACAUCCCAUGGGUCAUGAGACCCAUUUGGGGUCUCCUCACCGAUGUUUUUCCGAUCAGAGGUUAUAAAAGAAAGCCUUAUUUUUUGGUUUCUGGUGUUCUUGGUUUGGUCUCUGCGAUUGCAAUUGCAGUUCUUGGUAAGUUGCCCGCUGCUUUGGCUUUAAGCUGCCUCAUAGGGGUCUCUGCAGCUAUGGCCAUUGCAGAUGUGGCGAUUGAUGCUUGUAUAGCAACAAACAGCAUCAAUAUUCGGUCUUUGGCUCCUGAUAUACAGAGCCUUUGCAUGGUUUGUUCUUCUGCUGGUGCUUUGGUGGGAUAUGCAACUAGUGGAGUCUUUGUUCAUCAGCUUGGACCUCAGGGAGCACUAGGGAUAUUAGCAUUGCCACCUGCAACAAUUGUCAUACUCGGGUUUUUCAUCUACGAGAAAAGAUCUUCUACUGUUCUAUUACAGAAAAACAAAAAGGACGCAGAUGGUGUAGGAGUAGCGGUGAAGGGAAUGUAUAAAACAAUAAAGUACCCUCAAGUAUGGAAGCCAUCACUUUACAUGUUCGUAUCCUUAGCUCUCAACAUCAGCACACAUGAAGGCUACUUCUACUGGUACACUGAUCCUACAGCUGGGCCCGCCUUUUCUCAGGAGUUUGUGGGCGUAAUCUACGCGAUGGGGGCAUUAGCAUCGAUGUUUGGAGUUCUCGUAUACCACAAGAAGCUCAAAGGCUAUUCCUUUAGGAACAUGCUCUUCUUCGCACAACUUCUAUACGGCUUAUCAGGAAUGCUUGAUCUCAUCUUCAUCAAACGCUUGAACUUAGUUCUCGGGAUACCAGAUUCCUUCUUUGUGAUAACCGAAGAAUCAUUCUCAAGGAUCAUAAGCAAGAUAAGAUGGAUCCCUAUGGUCGUUCUAAGCACAAGGCUUUGUCCUCUGGGAAUCGAAGGCACUUUCUUUGCUUUCCUCAUGUGCAUUGAUAGUUUUGGACAGCUUGCUUCUAAAUGGAGUGGAGGUAUAGUUCUUCACGCAUUCGGAGUCACGAGGCACGAGUUUGGGAAUUUGUGGCUCGUGAUUCUUCUAAGGAAUUUGUUGCGACUCUUUACCUUGUGUUUCGUGUUCCUCGUUCCAGAUGCUGAUCAUUUGGAUGAUCUUAUCCCGUCUUCUGAUUGUUUGCCAAAGAACGAAUCAGACGAUGAUGAUGACCACAUUAAACUUUUGCUUCUGUAG